AUGAAGCUGAUACUUCUGUACCUGGCUGUGGUGCUCUGCACCGUUUGCAAAGCUAGAAUUUUCAGACAUACAGCUGGCAUCCAUGCCUCCACAAGUGCUGGAUUGAGAUUGUCUGAAUCUGAUAAAACGUCUCUGAAUGCCAAGAGUUCUAGUGGGAGCAAAGAUAAUCUGUCUGACGGAGGUAAAAAAAAGAUGAGAAGUGGUCUUAAUCUUAAAAUUGGUGGCUCUGCAGGACUACAGUCUAAUUUAGAGGCUUCUGGUGCACGCCCUCCUGGAGCAAGUGGUGUCCAUGGUCACAUCAGGUUAGGAACUGAAAUCAGCAGACGUGGUGGCAGCGUGUCAGGAACCACAACUGGAAGCAGUAGGCCAAAUGGGAGUUCAUCAAAUAGACUCUCCACAGUCCAGGAUGAAGAAGUAGCUGCAUCUGGUAGCCAUAACCAGAAUGUAGAGAGUAGCAUUUCAUCUGCAGGCUCUGCAUCCUCCAGUGCAGGAACCACAACUGAAAGCAGUAGGCCAAAUGGGAAUCCAUCAAAUAGACUCUCCAUGGAGUCAGAUGAUCCCACAGUCCAGGAUGAAGAAGUAGCUGCAUCUGUUAGCCAUAAGCAGAAUGCAGAAAGUGACAGUCCAUCCGCAAGCUCUGCAGCCUCCAAUACAGGAGUUUCUUCGGUUGUCCAGCCUUCUGAAAAGGGAUUGAAAAAAUUGAUAAAGACUUUAGCAGAUGAAUUUGGUAAGAUAAGACCUGAUGCCAGUGUCUCAGGAACCACAACUGGAAGCAGUAGGCCGAAUGAGAAUCCAUCAAAUAGACUCUCCAUGGAGUCAGAUGAUCCUACAGUCCUGGAGAAAGACUUAGCUGCAUCUGGUAGCCAAAAGCACAAUGUAGAGAGUGGCAGUUCACCCCCAAGCUCUGCAGCCUCCAGUGCAGGAGGUGACUUCAAUGAAGUAAGUGGGCCAAGCUCCUCAGCUUUAGUCUCCACAGAUUCUGGAGCCAAUGGGAAUCUGGUUGAUAAACAAGGACCUGGGGUUAAUGGACAUGAGGGGGAGGUUGAAAGCUUGGAUACUGCAAGUAAGAGUGACUCAGGAAGCCAUAAUGUGUCUUCUGGGUCUGGAAGUAGUUUAAGAAGUAACAUUUCCGCCGAUGUUGAAUCUUCUGACCAAAGUGAAACUGCUGGCCUUGGUGGUAGUGGCAAAGUUACCUGUCCUACUGGCAAGACCCUAUCUGGAUCUCCUUUUGUGGCUUAG